AUGAUCGGAUGGUUCUGUUUUUUUCCAAUUUUUACAUUGCAGUAUUCAAUUAAGCUGCGCGCUGUAAUAGACAAGAACCAUCCAUCAUCUGUAAUGUCUCAAAUUGUUCAUAUUCAGAUUCCAGAAAUAAAACCUAAAAAAAUUCUGGAAAUAUCAAUGAGACCUGCUCAGAACAAGGAUGUUACGUUCUUUGUUGACCAAUCUCGAGGUCUAAAACUACAAUAUUCAGAAGAAUUAUUUCAUCGAGUAGAAAAAUUCUUUAUUAAAACAGAUACAAUACCAAAACCAAGACAACUCGACGUAACCUUCAAAAUGGUUAGUGAGUUUAAAGAAAAUGACGAGGUUAUUGUCGAUAUUAAUUAUACUCUCAAUUUACAGAUUAGAAUACUCUUUAUUAUCUCCGUUUUCUCAUUGGCGAUUCUUACAUAUGAUAAUUUCUCAAGAAUUAGUUUAUUCGCAAUAUUUUUCACGUUAUUUUGCCAAAUUUACGGACUUUAUGAUGCUGCUGUAUAUUGUACCGUCAUUCUGCACUAUUACAUUAACUGCAAACGAAUGGACUUUCGGAAAAUUUUAAUUUUUACAAUAUUUUAUUCAAUUUCCGCAAUAUUUUCGCUAAAUGGCAUUGUCAGCUUCAUAUUCCUGAACUUAGUAGUCGUCAAAGAUAACCAAACUCAAUCUCUUACGCUUCCUUAUCUUUUUGACAUAUUAAGACUUUUAAUUUCAGAUGACAGAAGCUAUUCUUUGUCGAUAUUCAAGUUGUUUCUCAUUGCCAUUUACGUUUACACUAAUGUUGUAUCAAAAAUUGCAGAUACUCCACCAAAAACAUUUACAACUGUUAUUUUCGUGUUUUACUUAUUGUAUUUACUCAGUUUAUUGACCAACAGCUUUGAUGACAACGAAAUAACAGCUUACUGUUCAAUGGAACCUUUCAUUAUGACAACUCCCUUUAUUAAUUACACUUCCAAAUGGUUAGUAGAUCUGGAAGAGAAGUUAAAGAAGCCAGUGAACUACUCUGAAUGUGAUUUUUGUAAUUUCACCGCUGCAAAAGGUAGAUAUAAAUCGAAUUCAAAUGUAAAUGACACUUUAGUGGUUACUGGCUUUGGUAAACGUGAUACAGAGAUAGAAUACUUUGUAAGGACAUUCAGAACAUCCCAUUCCAAAGCAAGAAUCAUUCUUUUUACGAAUAGUGAAGAACAUUCAGAAAGAUUAUCCAAAAUUUUGAAAGGAUGCAACGUAAUUGUAAUAGAUAUACCUGAUUUCAAGAAUUUCCACUUCCUUCUCAAGCGAAAAACCAGAUUCCCAUUGAUGUUCGACAUGUUGAACACUAUGCCGCAAUAUUUUAACAGAGUUAUGUAUUGUGAUCUUUACGACACAUUUUUCCAAGGCGAUCCAUUCACAGAAGAGAUAUCUAAUACGAGCAUCACGACUGCCAGUGAGAUUGACUCUCAUCUGAACAGAUGGUCGUAUGUAAGAGCAAGGAAAAUAGCUGGUUGGAAAUGGACGAAAUACGUUCAUGAACAUAAUAUUAACUCUGGAUUUAUUUGUGCAAGUGCACAACACAUGAAACUGAUUUGUGAAUUAGAAAUAUCUGUUUAUGGACCUGAUUUCAAUGUCAGAUCUUCUGAUCAAAUGAUUUUGAAUUUCUUGAUUUAUACUGGACAGUUCAGAUACUUCGGUGUCGAUGUAAUUUACAACGAUUCCCCUGUAUCUCACUAUCCUUCUAUCGCAGGUGAUGUUUCUGGAUAUGAUACAUCUGUACUAGGAAAUAUUUACCACAAACAAACUGGUGUAAAACCUCUUUUGGUCCACCAAUAUAAUAGAAACUGGAAAUACACGAAAACUCUCAACAAAUACUGCCCUGGAUCAGAAUACAAGUUUACUUUGAAGUUAUAA